CUGACGGUGACACCAUCGACAUUACUACACGUUAAUUGUCCGUCCACCGACCGCGACUCAUACUACUGGCGCCAUCUAGUGACACGCACGCGGGAUGAAGGACGUCAGGGAGAGAGGAGACUCUCCGGCCGAGCUGAUGCUGGAGGAGAGCGCGUGAGGGUAAUGGGGCGCGAGGAAGCGUCGCGGAGUGUUCGUGGGCAGCGGAGUGAGCGUUGCGUCGGCGGCUGCGGGCUGGCGCGGCGACUCGGGGACGCUAAUCGAUGCGCGGCUCUGCGCUGUCUUCCGACGGCGGCCAUUACGCACCUUUAUGACCAGCUCGGCCUCCGCCGCCCCGCGCGCCGCGCCCCUCGGCCCGCUCUAAGGCGGCACAUGACGAAUCAAUAUGCCGCCGACCGACUCGACACUUAUUUAUUUGACGCGAUUUAUUAG